UUUUUACAGUGGGGUAACGGCCUUGAUCGUGGUAGGCAACUGAAGGAUGAGGCACUUAGGUACCUGCCUCCUACUUAUCAUGUCACGUGUGUGCUUACCUACCCCCAGCCGGGCUGCGUUGUGGCGCGUGGUAGGGGAGCUAGCCCAACAUAUGUUUAGCAGACCUAUUUCAGCGCUUCCCCUGACCAUACACGGGGACGCACAGUUGAGUUGUACCUUGGUCAGUUUGCAUUUGGUUGGAGAGAAUUUCGUCGCCGUCGAAAAUCGAGGCGCUAGCUUCCCACCAGAAGUGUCAUGUCUUCAGGCCUGCUAUCGUCCUCCGGCUCCGUAUGUCUGCCAACAGGUGCAGCGAUCUUGGGCGUUACAGCAGUCGCCGCACUUUUCCUGGCUCAGCGGGUCGUCUGGGCCGGUUCGCCACGGAGGCUGCGGACAAUACCGCCGGCCGAGGAGCGCGUGCUCAUAUUGGGGGCUUCAAGCGGGCUCGGCCGCACGAUAGCAAAGCGAUAUGCCGCUCGUGGUGCCCGGGUGUGCGUCGUCGCCCGGCGCGCGGAUCGACUGUCGCAGCUGGCGGAUGAAUGCGGGGCUCAUUGUAUCUGGGAGUCGGCUGACUUCGCUGACGUAGGGGCUAUGGUUCGGCUGAGGGACAAGCUGCUGGCCGAAUGGGGUGGGCUCGAUUCGCUGUAUGUCUGCGCUGGCGUGUCGGCCGUGCAGCCUGUCAUGGCUCUAGCCGGCGUCGGAUCCGGCGAUGACGGCGACGCGACCAGCUCCGGGAUCCAAAACGCGGUAGACACCGCUGCCCGCGCGACAAGGGGGAAUGUAUACGGCCCUCUCAUCGCCGCUCUGGCCUUCAUCCCUGCACUGACGCGGACCUCGGCCGCGCCUUCUAUCCUCCUCGUCUCCUCGCUCGCCGCCGUGGUCCCGGCACCGACGCGCGCCCUAUACGCGGCAACGAAGGCGUCAUCGCUACUGCUGUACCAGUCUCUCGCCAUCGAGCAUCCUGAUAUCGUGUUUGCAUCCGUCCUGCCAGCCACUAUGGAGGGCGACUUCCGAGCGUCGGCUGUUGACGCGGACACUGCCACUCGUGCGGCCGGCCCUAACCGGCGUGGACUUAAGCUUGACUAUGUUGUAGAGCGGUGCGUCGAGGCCAUGGAUCGAGAGACGCGGGGGAGCCUUGUGGUCCCCUGGUUCCCGUACGCCGUCGCGCAUCAUCUGUACUAUCUCUGGCCGUCUGUCAUCGAGAGGCAAGCGAGGAAGAAGUACGACUUUGGCGCAUGAUGGCUAUUUCCUGUGAAUCAGAGUUUCCUCCUUUCUGUCUUUUGCACUUGUGUAAGUGCACUAAUUUUGGGGAAGAAUAACGUCUAUCGGGAACUCAUAGCACUAAGUAGGUACAAGCAUGCCAGGGCCCCCCCUUCGGGGGGCCGUAAGGGUUUUAGUUUAUUUAAAGGAUA